CUGUGCAUGCGCACAUGGCCCCACAAAACCUCGUGUGUGCAUGUCGUGACGAACCCACGGAAGUGCAGUUAUGCCGUACCCGCCGAACUGUCCGGUACGCGACGUCCUUUCGACCAAACGUUUCGUCGGGAAAACGCUAUACCUACCGAGAAUGCGUCUCGAUUUUAAUACGGAAACAUCGUUUUUCCCGUUUUUAAAAAUAGUCAUAAUUAUUGUUACUAUCCGUUUAGAUCAUUCGGAAAAAAUUGAGGGUAGCUUUAACUAAACGUUGAAAAUUAUAAAAUUAAUAUAAAAUAACUUAAAGACAUACAAAUAUGAUAAUCCCGAUGGUCGUCUUCCGGAAUAAAAUACUGAUCAUUCCGGCUAACUGAAGUAUUCUUCUCUAUUGUUGUCGUGUUUUAUUCACCAUACCAAUAGUAAUAUUAGCGCAGCAAUAUGCCGCCACCAUCAUUUUGGACAAUAAACUAAAGACUGUAUUAUAUUUACGAUGCCAGUCGUCUAAUGGCAACUCCAGCUCAUUCGCCUGAAUCAGACAAUGUUUACGAAAAAGCAUACUCGUUGGUGGUCGAAAUCAAUAGCCAAGUGGCUCAGUUUCGGGAACUACUCGUGCACAUCGGUACUGCUCGAGAUUCCCCGGAAACAAGAGAAAAGAUCCGAAAGUUACGAAGAGGAUGCGUGGAUACAUGCAAACACACAAGUCAAUUACUCAUACCUCAGAUGAGAGGGUCAAAUUUAGAAUCAUCUCUGCUGGAUCACCCCGAGUUGGCCCUGUUGUUCUACCUGUGUCAGAUGAUGUUGCGAGAACUCGGAAAAUGUAGUCGUCUUGUACAGCUCAUACCGAUGGACAUGACUGGAUAUUUCGAAAACCGUGCCGGACCAUCAAACAUCGGCAACGUUAUUAGCCAAAUACUUUUAUGCAAGCAAAUCCAACCGGACUUCAACCAAGAAGAAAUCUGUAGCAUAGCCAAAGACAGCCAAGAUCUGGCCAGGCUCAUCCAAGACAUGCAAGAAUUUCUUCCACAACAAGACACCGCAGCUGAAAAAAAUGCAGCGUUAGAACCAGAAAACAGCAAAUGGAAACGAAAAGGAAGAAGAAAUUCAAUAUACACCAAUGUCAGCUCAUGUUGUUGUUUUUGUAGGCCAACUUACCUUUGAUGUUUUAUAUUCGUUGUAUUAGAGCGCACACAGAUAUUAUUUUUCCAAGCUCAAAAUAAAAACACAGUCUCUAUUACACAAGUCCAACAUUGUAUCACGUACCCCCAUAAUAAUGACCAACCUAUAUGUUCGCUAUUUAAUUAUUGAUUAUUUUAUAAAAAAAAAAAUGAUAUAGUAUAGUUCAGUGCUUAAUACAUAACAGGUCGAUGGAUGACAAAUUGAAUUCUUAUACAUUUUGUUUUAAUGUUACGUCGUGAUUAUUUGUCAAUAUUCGUGUUGAGUCAACGCAUAAUAACGGUGCCCAAAAUAAAUAUUUAAAACUUCAUCAUACGGCGACCAAAUAUUGUGAAUCCAUGUUCGUUGUUUAUAUAUAAACCAUAAGAAAAUGAUAAAAGGCCAAUAAGUAGAAAGAACUAAAAAAGUAAUCUCAAUUUUUUUCUCUUAUUGUGAUUCCAAACGAGAUAGUGUAAGUAUUUUAUGUCUGGUAUAUGUUUAUGUGUAUUGUGUGUGUGUGUGUGUGUGUUUUUCGAGAAAAAAAUGGAAAUUGAUUAAUUUCCAGAAUAAUUUUAGGUAGUUAAAACCGCAAAACUAUUUCUUUGUUUUAACUUUAAUACAAGUCGGAAUAUAAAUAUGAAAACAUUCUCAGAAGACAAAAUCUUUAAUAAACAAUGUUGAUGCAGUGUGAUAUUGAUAACUCUCAAGUCCCACGAGAGUAAGAUAAUUCUAGUUAUCAAAAAUUGAAUAAAAUAUAUAAUGUAUGAUGUAUUUUUUUAAACCAAACAUGACAACAAAUGACUAGGUAUAAGCUAUUCAGUAUGAAAAACAUAAUAUAUAGUAUGAAUAAAUCACUUUAGUUUUUAUUAUUUUCUAUUUAUAGUUUUUUUUUUAAGUGAUUUAUGUUUUUGAUUUUUGUAAUUCUAUUUUUAAACGAAUUUUCAAAACAACGAAAUAUUUUAUUAUCAGCAUUUUCAACAUACUCCCGAUGUGGUCUUAAACUAGAUAUUUAAUCUGCCUAUUUUGUUUCAAUUUUCUGAGUAUAAUUAUUUUUCAUUAAACCAUCGGCUUCCUUCGUCACUACAGUCACUAAACUAGAAAAUAUGAUAACCGCCACGGUACUCUGAUCGCGUUUUAUACCGUUCUGAUAAUUUUUUAGCAGCUGUUCUGCUGUGUUCAGAAAACACUUAUAGUCAUAUUUUACAGUAACUCAGCAUAAUACCCAAUAUAAUUCCGUAGGCUAUUCCGCAUGCAUGAUAUUUUAGUGACGCAAACGAUAAAUUAGAUUUUUUUUUCUUUUUUAACUAUGGGUAGGUACGAUUAAAAGUUGUACGGUCAUCCGAUAAAUUUCUGUUUGAUUCGCGUAUCCAAAUAGCUGAGAUUUGAUUAAACGUUUUAGGUUUUACUGACUGGCCUACAAUCGUAAAAGGGAUUAAUUAGUUUGUACGCUACGCAUAUAUUUACUUCUAAUAAUUAUAGAGAUCGACACCGUGGUUUCUUGCCUCUGUUUACAAAACCUCGACCCCUCCUCUUAUUCCUGCCCUCCGAACAUCUAACUCCUUUCAAAGCCGACGUUUUGUCUGACAAGCGCUCAUAAAAUCAACCUCCGUUUCAUCUAAACACCGGAAAUGUUUUCAAGUAUACCUUCACUCGAAUAAGCUAAAUAAUAUAAUAAUAAGAGUACCCAUUUUCGCACACAGCAGAUAUUAUAUAAUAUUAUAUGUAGAACGUGGGUACCGCGGGUAUACUUUCCUUAUAGCGACGUCAAUAAAUAUUUUAUUCGGUUUCCUUUUUUUUAUGCGUAUAUGGUCAAAUUCGUGUUAUUCGAUACACUCAUGUUAUAUGCUGUAAAUGUUUAGCAAUUUUGUUUUAUUAUUAUUGAUCAGAGGCAUAGAAUAAAUAAAUACUAUAACCGAGUUGAUGUUGUGAAUUUCCCGAAGACUUGUGCAAAUCGAUGUUUGUAUCAUAACAAUAAUUUGUAUCUAUAAUAAUAAAACCCGACUAUAAUGAUCAUUCGCACAGUUACUGCGUUUAUUACCAAAAAAAAAAAAAAAA